GCGAUGCCGUAUCGGGAACUUCAUGCCUGGGGCACUCAGCAUCACAUGUUUUUCUCCGCAUUUCGCAUUUGCGCUUUGUUGCAUGACUCUUUUCCUUCUUGCAUCUCCUCGAAUGUCUGCGGUAUAUUGUGGACUCUUCGUCUUAUUAUUUACAGAGGCCUUACCUGGGUGAUCCGUCGGGCGGCAUUGUUACUCUACGAGUAUCUGGUAACUACUAGUAGUACUAUCUCAUACUAAGUACUAGGAGAUCGCCCUAUGAAGAGCAUUGCUUGGCUCCAUGUCCUCCAUUUGGAACACGAUCAUCACACUACCUCUUCUUCUCUUUAUCUCGAUACCUCUGAUCUCAUCUGCCUGCUUUACCAUCUUCCUAGCAUUUGUGACUUUGUUCAUACGCUUCUCGUUCGUCUACAUCAAGCUUCUCUAUGGGAUCAUAUCAAGCUAUUUUACCAUUCCCACGCCUGAAAGUACAUCUCUAUUGAGUUUUGCAGCAUCUGAACCAACUACGCCAGGCGUUCCAGCAACCCCAAAGCGUCGCUCUUUCGAUCAUGGCAUGACACCGCUCUACUCGAGUCCUCUGGCGUACCGCCAAAGCUUCACCGGCCAAAGUAGACCAGAUUCGUUACGGCGCCGGCAAAGUUCGAACUCCUCUGAAGGUCGGGGUGAGCAAGAAUGGGCCCUCAUAGGCUCCGAUGGUGCACACAAUCCGAGGGGAUCGUUGACUAUAAACCAGCCCUAUCCUCCUUUCCUUGGUCUGACUAGCGGGGACGUGGGAAGAGACUUCGAGGGCGUAGGCGGGUGGCGCACUCAAGUGUCAUCGAUGGGACUCCGUGGAUAUCUUUCUGGAUCAGCAUCUCCAUCCCCUAACGAUAGCGUGAGCGAUGAAGCAGACGAGAGGGCAUGGCUCUCCAUCAAUGAACGAUUGCAGCUACCUACAGAAUCUCUAACCCUGGAACACAGUUAUGACUCUCCAGAACAUGCAUUUCUGUGGGGAUGCAGACAAAGGGCGCCUGCCACAGCAGGCGCCCAUAGAGAUCGCCAUCACCACCGUUCUGCUACGACAUCAAUGAUACCGAAUCCUGGGCCCCGUGGCUCGCAUUCAAUGUCUUCAUCCAAUCGCUUGGCUCCCCACCGGUCUAAAACAUCAUUAUCACCACAUCCACUGCGGCGACGAAUGUCUCACGAUAUAUCGCCCACUACUCUGGCAAAUCCGCCCCGGAUGAACGCUCAAUCGGUGGAUGGAUCCGAAGGUUAUUUCGCAUUCCGACGCAGAAGUGCAGGAAGCAGCAGGUCUACGACGUCAGGAAGCUCAACACCUAUGGACGAGCAGAUGAUCCAGGGAGCGGCAGGAGGGUCCAUGGCUCAUCAUUCAGCUGGCGUGAAACACCGCAAAAGCGCGCCAGGGCCGAAUUCGGGAUCUCGACUACGGAGGCAUCCUGAAGCUGAACGUACGCUUUGAUGGGCUUGCACAUAAAACGUCCGUGGGGGUAAAAUUACAUCGGCGCUCGAGGUAUAAAUGAGACGGCCACUUGCUCGGUAUUUCCAGGGCACUUUUUAUCCCGACUAUAUACCUGUGAAUAUUUACUCCACACAAGACAUGUAUAUACGAAUGCCCCGUCUGCGAUCUACUAAUUCUUGAUAAAAAUGAAUCACGACCGCCCAUGAACUCACUCGCUUUAAACCUUCAUUUGCUUUAUCGAUAGCCACCCGCACGAACCAAGGCUUAAAAUCU